CCCGGUAGCCCACGUGUCUUUAGGACCGGAGGGUGAUAGACAUCUGUUCCGCCAGCAGAGGGAGAGACAGCGGGCACAGAGGAGGGGUAGUGGAGCCGAGGCCAGCAGGACUCUAAUUAGCGAGGCCGGUGCUCCAGCAGCCAUGGCCACUACAGCCAUGUCCACUUCUGCGCAGCAGACUUCGCAAGCCGGUAGUUCAGGUGUCGUCGGGUCAACGGUCGCGCAGACCGUGAGUCAGUCCACUGGCUUAGUGGCAAGCCAGGCAGCGGUGUUGACUCCAGAGGAUGUCGCCAUCCAGCAGGCAGCCCUGCAGGAGGCACAGCUACAGCGGGCAUUAGGGGAGAUAAAAGCAGAAAAAGAAAAGAUGAUCAGGAGAAGAGCCAGGAUGCAGCGAAGAGGGGCAGACAUAGUGGAGUUAGAGACGAUGGACCUGACCAAUAUGGAUGAUGAUGUGAGGGUCUUGUUGACUUCGUACCUGAGAUGCUUUUCUCAGCCUCUUAGGAACCAGUUGGCAAAAGAGGCCAACAUCAAUAUGCACAACUUCCCUUCGUUUAGCAAGGUGGCCCUAGACCUGGAAGCAAAGAUAGGGCAUGGACAGGCACCCACUACGGAUGGGAGAAAGAAGACACUGCCUCCCAACUGGAAGGCGAAGGGUCGCCUAAUGUUUGUCGACAACGAUGGUUCAACCAUCGAGUUGGACGGCAACCUCCAGGAGGGAGUAGGUUGCUUAGACGCUUUAGAGGGUGGAGUGGUCGCUGCUGUAGCACAAAAAGGUAAGGCGACCAGUAGACGCCGCGGAGGCUCCCGGUCUAGGAGUCAAGUUGACCCCAACGCUCCUCCUUGGGAGAAAGCGGGUCUCACGGAGGACGUGUGGAGAGACCGUUACUCUCGGCAGGCCUGUAUUCGUUAUGGUCAAUAUGGCCACAACCAAUUCAAGUGCCGCAACAAGAAGACUGUCGAGGAACAUGUUGCACAUCUGGACAAAGUCCUCGGUCUCCUGCGACAGCACAAGUGCAAGAUCAACAGUGAGAAGUGUGAGUUUGGCCGCACCCGUGUCUUGUACUUGGGUCAUGAGAUCUCCGCGGAAGGAUUAAAGCCUGAUGACGCGAAGGUGGCCAACAUUCGUGAUUGGCCACGUCCUCAGUCUGUGACUGAGAUGAGAUCUUUCUUAGGAAUGACAGGCUACUAUAGGACUUUCGUUAAGAACUAUAGCAUAGUGGCCGCUCCUUUGACUGAUCUGACCCGCCUUGACACCCCAUGGAAGUGGACAGAUAAGUGCGAGGCUGCUUGCAGACAUUUGAAGCAUGCGUUGACGCACUAUGAAGUCUUGAAACUUCCUGAUCCUGACAAGCCGUUCAUAGUCACCACGGAUGCCAGCCAAUAUGGCAUUGGCACCGUGCUCGCGCAGCAGGAGGGGCCAAAGUUGAGGCUAGUAGACUGUACGUGGAGACUCGUCAUCGUGGAUAGAUUUAGUAAGUAUGCUAGGUUAGUAGCCAUGCCGGAAACAGCAAAGACGGAGUACGUGAUUAGAAUGUUUAAAGAGAAUUGGGUCAGGGACUUUGGUCUACCAAAGUCCAUUGUUAGUGACAGGGAUGUCAGGUUUACCAGUGAGUUGCGGAAGGCCGCUGCUGCAGAGCAGGGCACUCGGUUGCAAAUGACUUAUGGGAAUCACCCAGAGGUUAACGGCCAAGCUGAGCAACUGAACCGCGUUGUACAACACCUGUUGAGGCAUUACAUCAAGCCCAACCAGGUGGACUGGGAUGAGAAGCUUGCUCUCAUCGCCAGUCUGUAUAGCAACGUGAUACACAACGCCACUGGGGUGAGCCCGAACAGUCUAUUACCGACUUUCAAACCUAGACUACCUCUUGACUUUCUCCUACCUGAGAAUGAAUCAACUGCUGCACCGGGUACGUUAGAGUUUGCCUACAGAUAUGAACAGAAAAUGCAGCAGGCGGUAGAACCGAUGCAGAAGGCACAGGCAGCAAUGAUAGAGUCCGAAAACAGACACCGCCGGCCUUCUACAUUUCAGAUUGGGGAUAGAGUCUGGGUUAAGUCGUCAGAACUGGGACAGGAGUACGGGAUAUCCCGCAAACUCAUGCCUCGGUACUUUGGACCUUGGGAAGUCUUGGACAUCGUCGGGACAGACCCGGAUGGGCCAUCGUAUGUUAUCCGGAUUCCUGGUCAUCUUCGUACUCACCCUGUCUUUCACACCUCCAAGCUGGCACCUUUCAAAGAAACUGAGCAGUUUCCAUCUCGUCGCUCAAUGCUGCCCCCAACCAUGGACGAAGAGGUGGACAUUGAUGAUAUUGUGGAUCACAGAGAGCUGCCCGUAUCAAGACCAGAAGGCAGGGGACGUCCUCCAAAACCGAAGCUGCAGUACCGCGUUCGGUUCCGACAUCACACUGAUCCAAAGGAGGACCGCUGGUUCACCAGGGAAGAGCUCAUGCAGACCGCUCCUCAAGUUACCUAUACGGCCGCACCAACCCUUGCCAAGGAAUGGCAAGAUGUUGCCGAAGCAGACAAACAGCGGCUGGCAGCAGAAGCUGCAGCCCAAGCCCAACAACAAGUUGAGGCGGAGCAGUUGGCGAUCGACAAGCUCAACGCCGACAGUGCCGAGCUUCUGAUCUCUCAACAAGAUCAGUGGACAGCGGUACUCAAUGGGAUGCGUUAUGUCCCCGUAGCCGGUGCGGAGCCGACGACAGUACAACAGGAGAGACAAAACCUGGUAGACAUUCUACUAAACACAAUGCGAGCAGUCAUCUGGAACAACACCAUGGGGGAGCUUCAUUCCAGUUCUACACGGCAGCUGCAGCACGAUCUUAGCCAUAACGUGAAGACGCUUGCAGCAGCCGUCAAGAUCGCGGACUCCCAGCUGAAACAGAUGGACACCCGCAUUGCUGCUCUGGAGGCAAGGCCUUCCCAAGCAGCGCCAGGCUGCACGACAAACACCGCGAAGCAGCUCAACGAGCGCAUCGACCAUACAAGACCGGACGCCGCUACAAAGAACUACAAGAUGCCGCACUUCAACAUCAGCAAGUUCGACGACUACAACAAGAUGGACGCCUUGACAUGGUGGCAAGGCUUCCUCGUGGAAGCAUCCUGCUGCACUGUCCGGACUGAAGACAUGAUGAAGGCGCUCUACCUACAACUGAUUGGAGGAGCACAGGCAUGGAUGAACCAUCUUGCGGCCACCAAGCAAUGCACCAUCGCCGAACUCCACACGCACAUUACGUGGAAGGAGUUCGAGCAGCUAUGGUUCACUCAAUUCAUGGUCCGCAACGUCGUGAAGGCGGCCAUGAACGAGGUGUACACCAGCUCCCAAGGAAGCAUGCCAACUCGAGACUGGACGAUCAAGUGGCAGAAGAUAGUGACCACGCCAGGUUUCGAUUUGAGUUUUCCAAACCAACGAUCUGAGUUCUUCUCGCGAUCGUGCGGAGGACUGCGAACGACACUCGGCAACGAGUACGAUUAUGCCUCAUUCUGGAUCGUGCGAACCUGCGUCCUCAUCUACCUCGAUGACAUCUUGGUUUACUGUAGGACAUUGGACGAGCACAUCGUACACCUUUGCGCUGUUUUGGAUCGUUUGCGACUGGCCAAGUACAAAGCGAAUCUCGACAAGUGCGAAUUCGCCAAGCAGGAGCUUGAGUACUUGGGUCACUAUGUCACGCCGAAAGGCAUUCGUCCCUUAGCAGACAAGAUCCAAGCCAUCGUGGAUUGGCCGGAACCCCGUUGCACGACGGACGUACGCUCUUUCAUGGGUUUGGCUGGAUAUUAUCAGCGAUUCGUCGAGUCAUACUCGAAAGUGGCCGCUCCUUUGUCRARACUUCRGUCCCCGAAGGUGCCCUUCGAGUUCGACGACGCAGCCCGUGGCGCGUUCACUACGUUGAAGGCAGCGAUGCAAGCUGCACCUGCCCUCCCACCUGAGCUCACACGACKCUUGCACACCGGUUGGAUUACCAACCAGGGUGUUCCGGAAGACAUAGUGAGCGACCGAGAUACUCGCUUCAUGUCAGCCUUUUGGACUUCCCUUAUGGCUGAGUCCGCCACGACAAUGAAGCCGAGCUCGGCUCGGCACCCGCAGACAGAUGGCCAGACGGAGCGAGCACACCAGACGGCUCAGAUGAUGUUGCGUACGCCUAUCCGUCCCGACCAGAAAGAUUGGGUCGACCGACCUCCCGACAUUGAAUUUGCCUAUAACACUUCGGUGCACCCGGCGAUCUGCGUCACACCAUUCGAGCUACAUCAUGGUGGAGAGAAAGCACGGAUCUUCGCUGAUCUCCUUCUGCCACAGGCCGCCGACAUAGAUGUCCCUUGCUCUCCCGCUUCCGUUCGGAAGUACCGGGACUUGUUGAUCAAAGCCCGUGCGAAUAUGCAAAAGGCUCAAAUCCGCAUGCAGCAGCAAGCUAACCGACGUCGACUUCCAUGUCCUUUCCGCGAGGGAGACCUUGUUUGGGUCCUCUCCGAGGAAUUUGCGCUCAAGCAGGAUGUUUCGCGCAAACUCCAUCCCAAAUGGUUCGGACCAUGGGAAGUUACUUCUGCCGUUGGAGACGACCCCGCAGGUCCUUCCUUUGUGGUCAACAUUCCACCGCACCUUCCAGUGCACCGGGUCUUCCACGCGUCGAAGCUGGCCAUCUACACGCCACCUUCCGCUGACGAGUUCCCCUGCCGACGAUCACAGGAUCCGCCUUCUAUGGACGGACAUCAGGAAGUUGACCGAGUCAUCACGCACCGCAAGUAUGGCAACAAGCCAAUGCAGUUCAAAGUCACAUUCAAGCAAUGUGCGCCUGACGACACUCGGUGGAUCUCUAGUGCAGAUUUGCGGACUUCUGCACCCCUUAUCUUCGCCGACUAUGAGAAGCGAUGCCUUGCCAAGGAAGCAGCUCGUCCCGCCCGACCCACCCCGGUAGUCGGGCAGGUUCACACGGAAGCUGGCCAGGCUAGAAGCCAUAUCCCAACUGACGGCCUGGAGAAUGCAGCAUGGGCCAAAGAAGCGACGUCGAAACUUGCGAAGCGUGUCCGCUUCGAGCUGUUGGGGAAACUACUUUCAGGGAAUAUCUUCGAGAGUCCUGUUCGUGAUCUCGGUUUGGGGAUGGUAAGACGAGGAGAAGUGGAGCUGGGUGUCGUACGCCUCGUGGAGCUGUCGCCAGAAUCGGCUGGUAAAGCACGGGUCACGCUUGGAGUAGAAGCCAUGUCUGCACAAGCGGUGAAGGACAUCGUGGAGGUGUCUGAGAUGCUCCUCAAGGAGACGAAGAGUUUCAUCCGCUUUGUGAGCAAAGAGGACGGGCGCACCCAGACGAAGAGUUCCAUCUGCUUUGCGAGCAAAGAGGACGGACGCACCCCACGGGGAGUUGUUGGGUUUAAUGAAACCUUGUCUGAGGAGCUCCUCAAGUUGACGCUCGAGUUCGGUGGCCUCGGGGAUCAAGAGUCUGUAGGGUGCCUGGUGGUGAACACGAUAGUCAGGCACGAGCUUGAUGGAAUGCUCGACGUCGUGCAUCAGUGGGAUGCCGGCGUACGAGAACGACGAUGGAAAAACGUCGUGGUACUCUCGAAUGAGGUUAUGCGCUGCGGGCUCCAGGUCGACCAUAUAAUGUGCGAGUUCCUCAGUGCCAGCGUCAGCGCACGACGGCGGGGUGAACUCAACGGACGGCGGAGGGACGGAAGUAGAGAUGGGAGCCAUGGAGAUAGAGGGAGGAUCUGGCUCCAGAGAGAUGAGCUCAACGUCGGGACAGGGUGGAUAAUAGUGCAAGAGAUCCGUAACGUUCACCAUAAAGUGACGUUGUCCUGUCGAAUGAAGCGAGCGAACUGCCGAGGCGAGGUGAUGGUGUGGGGGCACGGAAGGCUCUGGGGGAGGAGGGUCGGGGCGUGGUUUCACGGUGGUACCUAUGGAAGGUAUGCGAUACGUUUGUCCACACUUCGUUUUGAGAACGAGAGUGUUGGUCGCCCAAUCGGCCUCGAUGCUGCGGAACCGACGAGACCACGGAGUGCCRAGAAUGAAGUCGUACCCCGUCUCCAUCACAUCGAAAUAUGCAGAGGAGCGGUGGGGACGAGAUGCCGGGGGACGAUCAGUUGGCUCGAGAGUGAGGAAGAAAGGGAGGUCGGUGACCGUUUGAUUGAAGAAGCGUUGGGUUUUGUCAUCCCCUAGGCUGACAGAGAUGGGAGUCGGAGACCCUGUCGUGGGUAAGCGGGCUUCUUUCACCACACGUGGGUGAAUGAAGUCGCCCUGAGAAC